AUGCAAAUCACCCAAGUCCUCCUGUCCACCCUCGUCGCCGCCUCGGCCGUCCUGGCCGCCCCGGCCGAGACCAGCAAGGACAUGAUGGCCGCCAGCCCCCAAUGGACCAUCCGCAACAUGAAGCGUGUCUGCACCAAGGACGACACCUCGUGCACCUGGACCUUCGGCGUCCAGGUCGGCACCGCCGCCGCCCAGUCCUGCACCUACGUCGUCAAGGGCGCCCACGCCUCCGAGGCCAACGGUGGCCCCUCCACCUGCGGCCCUUACACCAUCACCUCCGGCUGGAGUGGCCAGUUCGGCCCGGACGCUGGCUUCACCACCCUCUCGGUUGUCAACAACAAGGCUCGCCAGAUUGUCUGGCCUGCUUACACUGAUAAGCAGCUCGAUGGUGGCAAGGUUGUCAAGCCUGAUCAGGCUUACUCCCCUGCUACUCUGCCUUAG